ACAGAAAACAGAACAGUAAAAGUCACGUUUAAGAAAUCGUAGAUACUCAUCUUAGAAAUAACAAAUCGAAAACUAAAAAUAACUUCACAUUCUACACCGCAAAAGCAACUUCAAAACUACUAACGUACUAUAAAAACUUCUGAAGAUAUCUCCGCGGCUCCAAAUAGCUAAACGAUACAGAAUCAUUUAUAAAACUCGACCUUAAGAAAAACGUUACAAGUUGAAUAAAACGUAAAGCUAGCAUGUCUUACACAUUAGCGGGUGACUUCAAACCAAUCAAGAGUAUGCUUCGCGUUACGCGUAUACGAUGUUCGUAAUUUAUUAGCGUUUAUUCUCAUAUAGCAAUCUGUAGGGAUACCGUCCUAUUACGCAGACUCCGUCGAGAUGCCAGCUCCAGUCGGCAUCGGGAGAGGGCACGCGGUGGACGCUCCCAUCCGCAGCGCCACUUGCAUCCCGAUCGUGGCGAACUCGUAUCGCAUCCAUACAGUGUGUUAACCGAAGUUGCUGAUUUGAUUGCUUGAUUGCGUAACCGGAAUUUUGUGUGACUUUCAAAUAUUUGUGCUUCGAAAAUCAUUUGGAAAUGGAUAUUGAGAUAACUUGAAAGUUUGAAACUUUUGAGAGGACGACCAUCACAUCAUCUGGAUUCUGAAUGCACGAUGCUAUUGAAAUGACGUCGCUACACCAUGGGCGUUAUCACUCUUCUGUCUCGCCUGAAAUGCGGCGUAUAUGCAUUUCUAAUCAUUAUCCACAUACCCAUACUACAAGGAGAAGAACAUUCUCAAUGUCCAAGUUUAGCAGAGAACCCAAUUUGUCCAUGUUAUAACUUUAAAGAAGGAUUAUUUUUGGAGUGCCCCAGCGCUACCCCCGGGGUAGUGAAAAAUGUGCUGUCCAAGAUAAGAGGAACCAUCCAAUCGCUAUCGAUUUAUGAUUUAGAAAUAUCAACGACGGAACUCAAGUCUGACAUUUUUCCACCGAAAAUCAAAAUAACCAAUCUACAGAUAUCACAGUCGGAAAUAAACAAAAUAAGCUCUAACGCUUUUACAUCUCUACGUGACUCGUUAGGGUCUUUGAGCAUAAUUUCCAGUAAAUUAAGCAAAAUUCCGCAUGAAUCAUUCUUGGAACUUUACAACAUUGAGGCACUUGAUUUACAGCUCAACGACAUCAAAGAUGUUCAAGCAAACACUUUCAGAAACCUUAAGUUGAAGAAAAUCAAUCUGAAGGGAAAUAAAAUAGCCGAUAUAUCGGAAAAUGCAUUUAACAACUUAGAAGAAUCUUUGAUUGAACUCGACAUAAGUGAAAAUUUUCUUACUGUUUUUCCUUUGAAGUCUUUGGGAAAAUUGAACAAACUCAAUAACCUGCGGCUUGCGUGGAAUAAAAUAAACUCAAUACCUGACGAUAUAAACGCCACAGUACCGAAUUUGCUGUCGUUGGAUCUGAACUCAAACGACUUUACUAAAAUUGAAAGGAAUUGGUUUCGCUGUAUGCCAAAAAUAAAAACAUUAAUAUUUUUUAGUAAUCGGAUUCAGCACAUCGACGAGGAAGCGUUCUACUCAUUAGAGAAAUUAGAAACCGUGGACUUAAGUCGCAACAAAAUAACGUCACUCGCCAAAAAUGUAUUUAAAAGGAAUCGAAACAUUCGCACAAUAGAUCUGAGUCACAACCACCUUCAUCACAUAAAUGGUGUUUUUUCAAAUUUGCAGAACCUCUCCGAAAUAUUUCUAUCCGAAAACAAUAUUUUGGAGAUAUCUGAUGACGCAUUUGAGAAUGCCUUUGGACUGACAGUUCUUAAUUUAGAACACAAUGCGGUACAAAAGUUACAUCCAAAUUGCUUUUCGUCUCUACAAAAUUUGACACAGCUACAUAUGGGAACAAACUUUUUAAAUAAACUUCCUCGUAGUGUAUUUCAAAUGAAUCGUAAACUAGUAACUUUAAGCUUAGAUAAUAAUGAAAUUACAGAAUUAGAUGAAUUGAUAUUUGAGAAACUCGAUGAGUUGAAAGAAAUACGUUUGCAAAAUAAUAAGUUAAGUCAGAUUAAAAGGAAUGUAUUCAGUCCCUUGCCAGGACUUCUAGAACUGCAUUUGCAAAACAAUCUUGUACAAACCAUAGACUCUCAUGCAUUUAUUACUCUUAAAAGUCUUCAACAUAUUAAUUUGCAGGGUAAUCGUUUAACUACUAUUGGCGAUGUGUUUCCUAAUAGGAAUUCGUCUUUGGUUUCUAUACAACUUGGUGCAAAUUAUUUAUCAAUGUUGAAAAAUAGCUCUCUUAGAGGGCAGUUGAAUGUGCAAAUCAUGUGGCUUAGCCAAAACAAUAUAAAGAUGUUGACAUCUAAUCUGUUCAAUGAUUUGCUUAAUAUUCAAAGGCUGUAUCUAAAAAAUAAUAGUAUUGUACAUAUAGAGAACAGAACUUUUAUGCACUUAAGGAAAAUUAAGUUCUUAGAUUUAAGUAACAAUAAACUUGUAAAGUUAAGUAACGAGACAUUUUAUAAACUUGUAACGUUGGAAGAGCUGUAUCUACAGAAUAAUCUAAUUAAUCAAGUUACUGAAAAUACCUUUCAGUUUUUAACUAAGUUAAAAAUUUUAGAUUUGUCAAAGAAUGACAUCGUUUUGUUUAACUUUGAUAUAUCCUCAUUGCCUAUCAAGCAGCUACGACUUAAUAGAAAUUCUAUAGCGAAUAUAAAAGUAGAGUCUUUGAAAAACUUACCAAAUCUGAGUGAUCUAGAGAUAAACAGUAAUGACUUGACUUGGGAAGACAUAAUCCAGAUACAAAUACCCGGACUGAAAUCCCUCAUAAUAUCGGAAAACAACUUCACCUUGUUGGAAAAUAAAACAUUCGCCCAUUUACCUUCCUUGCAAACUUUGUCCUUAGAACUAUCGAAUAUAUCACAACUGCCGCCGACAACUUUCAUAAAAAAUCAGAAUUUGUUAAGAAUCAAUUUGGCAUUCAACAAUUUACGAGAUUUACACAAAGACGUGUUUGCCUACACGACAAUACUGCUUGAGCUCAAUUUAAAAGGAAACAAUUUUACAGAGUUUCCUCAUCAUGCUUUGUUUAAUGUUACGUCUUUAGAAAUUUUAGAUUUAUGUUCUAAUCAGCUGCACAGUAUUGACUUUUUUAAGUUCAUUGGUUUACAAAAUUUAAGGACAUUAAGCUUAUGUAACAACAAAAUAUCCAUGCUAAACGGUUUCAAUUCACCAUCACUUAAAAAUUUGGCAACUUUGAAUUUAAGUAACAAUAUGUUAACAGCUCUUCCACCGAACUUUUUUCAACAUUCUGUUGGCCUCAAGGAGAUUGACCUCUCCCAUAACCUCUUUACAUACAUACCUAGCAACGGCUUGUCUGAAGCUGUCCUAGCAGCACUAACAACUCUGAACAUGUCUGCAAAUCCUCUAGUGCAAUUACUACAAACAUAUCCAUCAAAAUUGUUUCCACUUUUGGAGGAGUUAGUUGUGACAAAUACAAACUUAACCAUCAUUACUAGUAAGGACUUUGAAAAUUUCCCUUCACUAAAGAGGUUGACGUUAUCCCAAAACUCGAUUAUUCGUCUAUCACCAGGAGCUUUCUCUAAGCUACAUAAUUUGGAAAAACUCGAUCUGAGUCAGAAUAAGCUGGAAAACAUCCCGAGGGAACGGCUCCAGGGAUUGUAUUCUGCACGUACAUUAAACAUCUCUCAGAACAUUAUCAGAGAACUGGAAGAUUUCACAUCAGACUUGCAAAGUCUUCAGAAGUUAGACAUUUCAUUAAACCACAUCACUAGAAUCAACAGAGACGUGUUCCGAGGACUCCAGAGCCUGACAGAACUCUAUCUGAGCGGUAACUGGUUAUCAGCCAUAUCUGCAGACGCCUUUAGAAACUUAAAUAAGUUAUCGUUUCUAGAUUUGAGCCGAAACUACUUUGAAAUAAUACAAAUGAAAAUGCUCAAUGUUUUAGAAACGCAAAUCAAAACUAUACAUUUCAAUGAAAACCCAUUGACGUGCAAUUGCGAAACUCAAGAAGUUUGGCGAUGGAUGAAAGAACAUUACAAAAUAAUCAUCAAAGGGAGUCGUAACUUGCGCUGCGAACACCCGGAAGACCUCCACGGUUAUAGCUUUAUCGAAUUACCAUCACAGAAACUUUGCGAUAUACCGACAGUUAUCCGUAUCGCAAUACAAGAUAUUCAAACACAUUCGAUCAUCGUCUCUUGGCAGAGUCGCAAUUUAACUGGUUUGAAUGCAUAUCAAGUAGCUUAUUUUAGUGAAGACCACCCAAUCACGAUAAGGGGGAAAUUAGUUAAUGCGACGGCCAGAUCAACAAGACUGAACCAUUUGACACCGGGAUCUCGUUACACAGUUUGUGUAAUUGCAGUUGGUAACUUCGGAGCGAUGACAUCUACAGGGUUUUCAGUGCCCGAUGCCCGGAUAGCUCUUUCACCUGAUAAUACGGCCAUGAAUCUGUACGGAGAUGAACAAAUUUUCAACCACCUCCGACCUCUCAUGAACGAUUCUUUGAAUAGCAAAUGUACCAGCGUCGGUACGAUAGAAAUCUUUGGCGCUGCGAUGGAGAGUCCAUUCUCAAAUACGUACAUGGACAUUGCUGAUAUUCUAACAAGGAGACUAAGUUUGGUUGUGGGCUGUUGUAUCGGGUUUAUAGUGUUCGUCGUGAUAGUUUCCGGGUUAGGUUACAUUAAGACUAAGAAGCGACAGGUCAUCGUCAAAGCUGAAGUGCAGCAAGCCCCCCAGUAUAUAUCGUAUGAUAACUUUAAUACUACUGGCGUAGAAGUCCAGACUACUGACAUGGACAUUAAUACUAUUACGGAUAAAACAAAAGUCCGUGACUGAGUGUCCUCACAUUGUGUUCAAGUCUGAAAUUGAUAAGGUAGUCGAUUUUUCCCACAUUGAUACCCUCGUGAGACGCUACACUGGGAAUGUUCCAUACCUUUGCCUGAGACUCUACCAACUUUGGUAGACCGGAAUGAAUUAUUACAACUACGAGCUAUCAAUAACGAAAAUGUGUGAUAAUCGAAAAAGUUUUACAUCAUCAGGGUACUUAUUUCUUACAAUAUAUUAUUUUGUACGUCACGUCAGACAAAGUUAUAGCGAUUUUUUCUCAUUAUAAAUUACGUUCGGUCAUAAACUUUUGUUAUUUUCACGUGUUUUGACAGCCGUUGGCCCGUGUAUGUAAUCUAACGUAACCAUUCUCGUUUUUUGUAUUCCAUAUACUCGUACAAGCGUAAGGCCUAGGUAGGGAUUAUUUGUAAAUGACAUUUGUAACGUUAUGAGAUCGUGAACAAUUGUAAAUAUGUGUAUGUGGGAAAUAUAAUUUUAAUGUGUCAAGUUUUGCUCGCCUCAUUGUCAUCGGUUGUAAUUAGUAAGAUCAAGUUGUCUGCUUUUAUGGUAUGAGUGUUUACUAAAACGUAUUAAUUUGAAAAAAAAAACAAAAUGAAAUUAUAUACAACGUUUAUCUAAUUCAGAAGAAUACUAACAUUUUCAUAAAAUGUAAAGUAUUGUAAAGGUCAUUUGAAUUUAGCCAGAUGUUAUCUAAAUACCAACGAUUGAAGCGAUAAAACAAACUUAUCAGUUCCAAACAAAAACGUUUAACGUUCUUUUCAUUUGGAAAAAUAAUAAUUUAUAUUGUGAUUACUAUAAUAGACCUAGAUUAUAAGUGUUAGAAUAAAUUUUAAAUAAUAAUGUGUAUAAAUAAAUUCUAUGAGUUAAAGUUAGAUAUAAAGAUAAACAGUUAUAGAGAAAAUUAAAAGGUCUUUUACGAUGUAUUUGUACCCAGACAUCUUUAAGUAUUCGUAAUUAUUAGGUAAUGUACCAAUAGAUUUAAUGGACUUAUAAAAGAAUCUGACUCUACUUAGUGUACAAAGUAACUACAAACUUCUGUUAUAUCUGUUUUGAAUUCAUCGCAACACAUUUGAAACUAGCAUAAAGACUGUAGAAUUGGUAAUAAAACUUUGAAAACAUUAUUAUAAA